GUGGGGAUAGGGAUUGCCCGUUGGUUGCGUCUGCCGAUAAUAGCACAUCAGCUGGAGUGCUGCUAUUGGGAGAGCAGAGCGCAGGCAGUGCAGAGGACUGAGCCGCUGAGCACAGAAUUGCACUCUACAGAAGACAGGCACGCUCAGACACAGAGAGACAGAAUAAAGGAAGAGCAGAGCGCAUCAGAGAAGAGGAGGACAGAGGAAGAGAAGAGCAUUGGAGAGAGGACAGGAACAAAAGUUGCCAGGUUCAGCAAGAGAACAUUGAAGUGGAGCAGCUGAGACUCACCGGGGUGUCUCUUUCUCAGGAGGAGAGUGAUAUUACAAGAGGGGAUUGAGGGAGGACUGAAACUUGUUCACGGACAGACAGACAUCUGAUAGGCGAGGGUAAUGCUCAUUAAAGGACUCUUCUGCACAUCUACUAUCACAGCAAGAAAGCAGCAGGAAGCACUUAAGCCUCACAAAGGUGCCGGAUAUGUGCAGUUCCACUCACUUCUUUACUGAAGACUUUCUUACCCCAACUGUGACUUGAGGUGGAUGUAGUUGUGUCUUUUGGGGGUUUUCAUCAUUUUUUUGCAUCAGAGUGUGAGACUCGGAGGUGUUCUGUCCUGUAAUCCCUGAGACUAUGGUAGACUGUGCGUCAAGGAGCUCUUCAUCAGCAGCUGCAGCCCUAGAGCAUGGAGAAGUCCAGCAGUGAGGAGUCAGCCAUUCACCGUAGCCCCUCCGUAGAUAGCCGUGACUCUGAUUUUGCUCAAGCCUCCACGUCUGGCCGUCCCUUUGGCGGCCGCGGCUUCACUGCCGGCGCAUUCUACGGCUCCACGGGGCCGCGCAAAGACGCACAGCAGGCACAGGCUGGAGCGACAGCUGACAACAGCGCAGGAGACAAGACCAACAACAAGUACACCUCGCCAAAAGGCAGCAAAUACGUGGUGUUUUACCUGGAUCUAUCCUUUGUAUUCCUUUUAGAAUUCAAGAAGUGCAACAUGGCAAGAGGCUGCCUCUGCUGCUUGAAGUAUAUGAUGUUCAUCUUCAACCUCAUCUUCUGGUUAUGUGGCUGCGGGCUGCUGGGCGUGGGCAUCUGGCUCUCUGUGUCGCAGGGCAGCUUCGCCACCUUCUCGCCCUCAUUCCCCUCACUGUCCGCUGCCAAUAUGGUCAUCGCCAUCGGAGCCAUCGUCAUGGUAACGGGCUUUCUCGGCUGCCUGGGUGCCAUCAAGGAGAACAAGUGCCUGCUUCUGAGCUUCUUCAUUGUCCUGCUGAUAAUCCUCCUGGCAGAGCUGAUACUGCUCAUCCUGUUCUUCGUGUACUCAGAUAAGGUGAGUGAGAACGCCAAGCAGGAUCUGAAGGACGGUCUGGCUCUCUACAACUCAGAGAACAACAUCGGCCUGCGAAAUGCCUGGAACAUCAUCCAGGCAGAGUGGAAGUGCUGUGGUGUGAUAGCAUACAGCGACUGGCACGAGGCCCUGAAGGAGAAGGUGGUUCCUGACCGCUGCUGCCAGGAGCAUUACCAGAACUGUGGGCAAAACUCCACAAACAUGUUCUGGAACAGGGGCUGUUUCGAGAAAGUGGAGGAAUGGCUGGAUGAUAACAAGCACAUGCUGGGAACCAUAGGCAUGGUCAUCUUGGUCGUGCAGCUCCUGGGCAUGGCGUUCUCCAUGACGCUGUUCCACCACAUCCACAGAACGGGGAAGAAGUACGAUGCUUAGCCUUCGGGGAAGGCACCCAAUGGAGAGGAGCCCCACUGCCUGGUGGGAUAAGACUCUGAAUUAAACACCCCUGCCCCCCUCACUUUACAACCUCUUUAGAGCAUUCUUUGCCCCCCCCCCCCCUUACCAGACCUUCUGUACAGAUUCCAGCUGUGUCCCCUCUACAUUCUCCUCACCAUCCAUUUUGCCAAAGAGUAACACAACUGGAGGAGAAGGGACACCUACGUUUGGCAAGGAAGAGUAUCCCAUUGGUUGUCACUCCUCUUGAGUACUUUUCAUUUCUUUUUUUUGCUUGGACUAACAUUUUGCUGGAAGGAAGGAUGGACUUUGAGACAAUGAAGACUUUACAAAUGCCCUAACGCCCCGUGGCAAAGACAACAUAUGAAACUGAUGAUACCCUCUGCCUCUUGUGGAGUUUCCUCAUGUUGAUAAAAGUCAAGCCCCGUUUUCACUUGUAAAUGAGAAAAAGUUCCAACAUGGCAUGCUAGUUUUCUACUUUACUGAUUUAACGGAGUUGUCAAAAUGUCUUCUUUUUUUGUAUGUCAUGGAUUCUCCUGUGGAAGUGUUGAACAGAUCAGUGCAAUCAGCUCUCAGAUGUGUGUGUGUGGGGUUCAGUUUGACGUGACGCUGCUGUGGAGGGGCAUAGACGUGUGGGGACGAUGUUUAAUGUUAUCCAUUAUUCAUAUUUUUUUCAUUUGGCUAUAGAGAGUUUGGGUAAAUGGAGCUUGAUUGAAGAAAGUCGUGUGUAAGCGUGAAAUCCUCAGUGGGUUAUUUAUGCACCAACUUCUACAGUAUCCCCUGAAUAAUACAUUGUAAUGCACACAUUUUUCUACGAACACACACUUUACGCUGCCACACAGCGAAAGUAGUCCCAUUUCCUAUGAGUCGAUACAAAUGGUGUAAAAUGACUGUUUAUUAGGGCUCUACACUGUCAAGUGUAUAGAUCUGGUUGAUGUAGUUUCCCCUUGGAGAAAACACACACGGUGUGUGUGUGUGUGUGUGUGUGUGUGUGUGUGUGUGUGUGUGUGUGUGUGUGUGUGUGUGUGUGUGUGUGUGUGUGUGUGGUGUGUGUGUGUUGGUGUGUGUGUGUGUGUGUGUGUGUGUGUGUGUGUGUGUGUGUGUGUGGUGUGUGUGUGUGUGUGUGUGUGUGUGUGUGGGAAUGAGCUUUAUCACAUUGUUCAAUUUGCAGAGGAAAAAAAAAAAACCCGGCACAUAGAAACACACAGCAAAUCAAGGGCACCAGGGGCAAAAGUGUAGCAGACAUGUUGUCUCCCUGCUACCAUCAAUUGUGUUAGCGCAGGCGGCUAGAGACCCUCUCUCCUAUAUUUUUUUGCGAUUUCAUCCAUUUGCUCUGCCCUGCUCACUCUCCCUCUCUCUUUGGCUGUCAAAUCCCCCAUUGCCUCAAUUAUUUUAUUUUUCACCCCAAUUUUCUCCCCACAUGUCAGAAACAAUGAUCUCUAUGCUCCAUAAGUGCACACACAAUUUCUCUGCUGACAUUCCAGCUCAUCACGCAGUUGCUUUGGUUCAGAACCUCCUUGAUUUCACGUUAGCUUCUGUUUCCUGCAGCCACAGUUGAGGGAGUGUAGGAGGAUCAAAGCUAAGAAAGAUAGGUGCAACAUGCUCGAUGUGUCUGUUUACCGCUGAUUCGCUGCAGGAGGCCUGAACAUCAGCCGGCUUCUUAAAGACUGAAAAUACUUCAUCUCCUGCGGUGACUUAGAGAAAAGGCCCUUCAAGCUUAUCUGCUUUAAGCGUCAAACAUUUUAUGAGUGUGUGUAAAAUACUUAAUUGUUAACGGAUCAUUUUAGGUUUUUAGGCUUCAUUUGGUUAUGAAUGGUUGCUAUCAGUUAUAAAACAAUUUCAACAAUGUGGCAAGAAUGUUAACUAGGAUAGCUACCUAUUUAUUCAACAGCAAUUGAGUGCUAAACUAUAUCCUUCUACAGCAACAGGUUAAAGUUGAACCAGCCGUUUACAGUACAUCUGGAUAAUCUAGGAGUUAAACGGUGUGACUGCUCAUGUUCUUGAGGCUGAUAAUCAGAUUGAAUAGGCUUUUUUACAGAAGAAAUUCGGAGGUAAAAAAAGCAUAGGUGUAACUAAUACAAAUUAAACGUGGCUGAAUUCCAUUUAGAUACUUUGAUUUCAGGUUCCUGGUAUCACGCACAAGCCCGGAAAGUGCACCAGGAUGCGAAGCAAAGAUUUGUUUAGUGGCUAAAUGUUGCAUGGUAACACAACUUCAGUCUGUGGGUCAUUGGGGCCGAACACACUUUUUCCCAGUGACAUUCAUUGGGAAAGAGAUGUCUGUAAAACAGCGGAUAUUUAUUCUUUUGAAUAAAUUAAGUACCCAGUGCAAAAACUUUUAAAGCCCUUACUUAAAUCAUAAGGGUGUAAAAGUUGUAAAAUGUGCUCAAAGCCAAAUCCAGAGCUAUUUUCUCUCUCCAUUCAAUUGACUAAAACGAAAUUGGACAGGACAGAUUGUGUUCAUAUUAUAACUGACUGUUGCCUUCAGUCAGUGACAUGUCAAGCUAAUGUGACAUUGUCAUAUUCUCAUAAACACUUUUUGGAGCAGCUGUUGGGGUUGACUAAUUAGAUUAAAUCCAGUGUAGUCAUUUUGGAGGGCACUUUGUGGUGCAAAUAUAUUUCAUACUCGGAAUUAAAAUAUGUGCACAAUAUAUCAGACAGGGAGUGUUCUGUUUGGACACAGCCUUUUCAGGCUUUAGCACAGGAAGACCUCCCCAUUGCUCUGAAAUAAGAGGAUCAUUUGUUUGCUGCUGUUUGAAAUGGAGUAGGGAAAUCAUUGGGACCACAUGUGACUGCAGUAUCAAUUGUAACUGUUGUUGCUUUGGAUAAAGCCUUGGAAACAUGAGCUACCAGGUGACACAGCAUUACCCACCAACAGUUAUUCCAGUUGAGCAGCCUGUUUGCCUCAAGACUAGAGCAUCACCUGAAGUCCUUCUGAACAGGUAUUUCUUUAUUUUCUUGAUAAUGACUUAAUCUGAGAGACACCGUUUCAGUAGGAGGUUUGUGCAUCAGAAGGCAACAUAUUUGGGCCGCCAUGUGCAGCGACCCUGCUGGCUGUGAUUCACUGCCAUCCCCCAUAUGCUUCGCCUCUUCUUGUUGUGUCCACGGGGGGAACAUGACAGCUGCUGAUGUACAGCGCAGGCACGAGUGGUCACAUCGCCUCGGCUUGGCUGCCUCCACAAACUCUCUGCACAUCCCAUAUUUACUGCAGACACCCGGCACUACAUAUACAGUAACUGGCAGUAUGGACACUGUGGAAAUACAGCUGUGCUCUUUAGACGCCUGGAGGCAGCUGCAUCCUACACGCUGCGGGGGGUAUUGGAGAAAAUAGCUAUAUCAAGUUUUGUAAAUCAUUGUAACCCUAGCCUAACUGCAGCCAAUAUGGAUAUGGACGCCGCUUUUAGAGAAAAUAGGAGAUACAAAAUAGGGGGAUGAAACAACUCCAGUGUCUGUCUCCAGCUCUGACGUCAUACUUCAGAGACCCAGCCAGUACCCCCCCCCCCCCCCCCCCCAGACUGAUCUGACUGUGCUGACAUUUUCUUCGCCCGUGAUCUAAACUCCCUCACAGCUCUGCCGCUGUCGACUACAUUUCAUGGUUUUUGUCCGAGAGAAUGUUCCUUCAUGUUUUUAGAGUACAGGGAUGAAUGCCAUUGUAACAGAAGCUGUUUAAUGAUGUUAUUUGUUGUACACUGUUUAAAUGUCUGUUUUUAUACAAUAUACUGUUGAAUUUUCUGUUGUUGUCCAUUUUAAAUGGCUUUUAUUAUUAUAUUUUUUUUCAUUCAUGACAGAGGUUCGUCGUCGCUCAUUGUAAGAACAUGACACCAUUAAGCAUUUGUUUCUUAGAGGAUUAGUCUUUGCGCUGUCCCUCUACAAGGUGCAAAAAAACGCCUUUCUGUCUUAACAUCUCUUCAGGCAGUUAGAGCAAUUAAGUCAGAAUUGAUAAAGACGGGAAAUUUGGCAUUUAGCAUUGGGUGUGAAGCCCACAAAAGACGUACUGCACGCUUGUCGCAGGGCUUUUCUGUAAUAAGACCUAGUUUAAUUAAAUUUAGACGGGUUGGUAUAAUCUGCAGUAUGUCUUUAAAACUGCCAGUGUAAGACCUAUUUUGUAUUUCUAGAGCAUGAUAUAUUAGAUGACACUGUACAACACAGAGCCCAUGUCACUACCGUAUAUCAGCCCCGGAUGUAAAUAUGCUAAUUUUACAACUGAUGUAAUUUACUGUUAUACUUUAACUCUGACACUUGUAAUCACAUUUACAUUGACAGUUAUAUUUCCAUUGUGAAUUGCCUAACAACCCGUGCUCUUUUCCGCUCAUCAACAGACAUGUUUUCCACUUAUGUUAUCCAUUUUCUCAUGUGUCAUAUCUUUCCUCUGAAGUGCAGCAGCAAUGUCAAUAUGUGUAUGGUUUUCAUAUUUGAUUUGCAUCUUGUAGUAAGACAUGUUUCUGUCUGUGUUUUUGGAAAGAGUAUAAAGUAUUCCCUCUUAUCCAUGGAAGCACCCCCAGUAAGCCACAGAGCUGGUGAAGGAAGAAUGCACACGCAGUAAUUGGGUUUUGUCUGCUGUGAAGAAUUUUGAGACAGAAACUAUUUUAUUUAUUUUUUGCCACAUCGACAUAUUAUUUCUGUAAUCUCCUCCUAAUCCUUCCUCCCCGUGCUAGAGCUGAAUAUCUGAGUAGUGGAAAUGUAUGCUCUGGAAAUGGUGUGUUUUAUGUUGUGUUCUGCUGGGUGGCACUAUCUGAUACCUGCCAGUUUGUCCUGUGGAGUUUUCUGCUACAUGUGAAAGCACUCUGAAAAUAUCUAUACCAGGUGGACUACCUUCUCUUUAUUCUCUAAAUCAACUAUUUUUAAAUAAAGAAAAAGAGUGUCACAAAAUCCUGCCAUACAGUACGCUCAUUGCUUUUCAUGUUUAAUGACUCGAUGCUUAUAAUGUGUUCCCUUUUUUAUGUAGCUGUCAAUUAUUUAGGCAGCGUUUAAAAAGAGUUUGAGGCUGAAUUCUCGGGGCGAUUUGAAGACAGGACUUGGUAUGAAGAGCAAUGUGAAACGGCGUCACAUCAGAUUCCAUGGUGUAUUCAAAGACAUUGUAGCAUUGUGUCCUUCAAAGGCCUCUUUUUUAUAGAAUAACUAGACCUGAUGGGACUGUUGUCCUAAAGACGCUGAGAUGAGCUAAUGGUAGUCAGCCCGUGGAGCAGAGUUUGUUUUUUAAAGAACAAAGGAAGAUGAUGAAAGUAGGAACCAUCUCCAAUUUGUUUCUACGGCAUAGAGAGAGCUGCAGAGUAUUUUUGUACGAAGCUUUAUCCCUUUUUUAACCUAAUUGUUAUCAGACCCAUGUGUGAUAGUGAGUUGAGUUUAUUGUGCCAUUUCAUCCUGGCUUUUUGUUUUACAUCAGUUACUUCUAUGCAAAAAUAUGACCUAUUUUAGCCUUUGUACAGAUUAUUUUGUAUGAGUAACAUGUACUGAAAUAAAGUAAACAAUCAACCGUGGA